CCUUAAUUCAAGAAAGAAUAAGUGGACAAUUUAAUUAUAAGGUUUCGUACAGAAAGGCCUGGAAAGCAAAACAAAAAGCCAUUUCAAGAGUUUUUGGUGAUUGGGAAGAUUCAUACGACCUUUUGCCAAGGUGGUUGGAUAGAAUGCUAGAAUGUUGUCCUGGUUCUGCUUAUAGACUUGAGACAACAGAUUAUGUUUCAAAUAAUGUCGUCGACGCACGUUUUCGCAAGUUUCGCCGUGUGUUUUGGACAUUCAAACCUGCUUGUGAUGCAUUCAACUACACAAAACCCAUCAUACAAAUUGAUGGAACAUUUUUAUAUGGAAAAUAUCGCGGAACUCUAUUAAUCGCUACAACACAAGAUGGUAAUGCUCGCGUUUUACCAAUUGCUUUUGCUGUAGUCAAAGGUGAAACAUUAAGUGAUUGGUCAUGGUUCUUGUCAAACAUUCGUCGAUACGUAACUACAAAGCAAGACAUUUGUUUAAUAUCAGAUCGACACCAAAGCAUCAAAUCAGCUGUGGCAAAUGAAAAUAAUGGUUGGCAACCACCGUAUGGGUAUCAUGUGUAUUGUAUUCGUCACAUUACAAGCAAUUUCAACCACCGGUUCAAAAAUGUCAAACUCAAACAAGAGCUGAUUCACAUGGGCUACACAACUUGCAAACAUAACUUUACUAGGAGGCUUGAACAAUUUCGUGAGAUAAGCCCAGAAAUUCGUCGAUGGAUUGAUGGGAUUUCGUUAGAAAAAUGGAGCCUCGCCCAUGAUGACCAAGGUCGCAGAUACGGCCACAUGACUACAAACUUGUCUGAGGCUGUCAACAAGAUCUUAAAGGGUGCCCGUAACCUACCAAUAACAGCUCUUGUAAAGUUUACAUAUGGUAGGUUAGUUGAGUAUUUUGUGCAAAAUACAUUAACGACCACGAUACCUAGCACCCCGAUCUAGGUUCCUUCUUACAGGGUCCUCCUCUUCUACCUCUUCUGUAACAGGCGUUGGUUGUCCAAAACCUUGUUGUUGAAAACCAGACUGUUCAAAAGAAGUAGCUUGUCCAAAACCUGAUUGUUCAAAAACAGACUGUCCAAAACCAGACUGUCCAAAUCCAGACUGUCCAAAACCAGACUGUCCAAUAGAAGUACCUUGUCGAACAGAAGAUCCUCCAAAAGAAGUACCAUGCAUAUCAUCCCCGCCAUAUCUAAAUGGAUAAUAAGGUGCUGACGGGUCAUCAUGUUGCUCGUAUAAGGAUCUGGAUUCUGUGUUGAUUGAGAAGGAACAUAGGUACCAGAUGAAGGUGGUAAAUGUGUAUCAAAUGGAGAUGAAACAUAAGUAGCAGAAGUUGGACUUUCUCCAGUAGUAUCACCUGAAGUAUAAACAUACUGACUAUAACCCCCUGAUGGUGUCAUUGGAUAAGCAUAAUAACUACCUGCAGGGGGGUCAUGUGAUGGCACAGAUAUAUCUACAGGCUGGUGAUCUACACGCCUACGUCGACGUCCAAGGCCACGACCCUCUUGUCGCCCUACACCAAUAUCUUCCACAACAAUUGGUUCGACCUCCUCUUGUGAUGGUGGUGGAGCACCUGUAGAGGGAUACUGAAGUCGGUGGAAUUCACCGUAUACCUCUAAACAGUUAGCAAGAUUAUCAGUCAAUUCUUGCAUUGAAAAACUGCUUUUAGGUUGUGUUUUAGCCUUAUGAUACAUUUCCUCCAUAGUGUCCUCCUGUAAAUCAAAAUAUUGUUAUUUGUACAUGUUCAACUUAAUAUAAACACAAAUACAAAUAACCGAAACAAAUAAUUAUAAAAUGUUUAUUGUUA